AUGGCCUACUACCCAGACACUGCCUUGACCUUAUCAGGAAAUCACACCCUAGAGUCUACAGUGACCCUGGAAUUUUCACUACCCCAUAACACUGCUAUCUUACCUAGGGUUUACAAAAGCUCCAAAACUUUUACUACCACUCAUCCAUCUUGCUCUUUUGUAUUUGGGUUUCUGGACGCAAGUGAGUACCUUACAUUACCCUACAGUUCUCUCUCAUGUGUUUUUCCUUCCCUCCCUCUUCACAGGUCCCAGACAGAGGACCUCAGGAAUGGUAGCACAGUGUCAGACUUUAUCCUCGUGGGCUUUGAACAGAGCUCCCCUUCUACUCGGUCAUUGCUCUUUGCUCUCUUCCUAGCCCUCUACAGCCUGGCCAUGGCCAUGAACGGCCUCAUCAUCUUCAUUGCCGGGACAGACCCCAGGCUCAACAGCCCCAUGUACUUCUUCCUUGGCCACCUGUCCUUCCUGGAUGUCUGUUUCAUCACCACCACCAUCCCACAGAUGCUGAUCCACCUGGUGGUCAAGAACCACACUGUCUCCUUCGCCUCUUGCAUGACCCAGAUGUACCUAGUCUUCUGUGUGGGUGUGGCUGAGUGCAUCCUCUUGGCUUUUAUGGCCUAUGACCGUUAUGUUGCUAUCUGCUACCCACUUAGGUAUACCCAGAUCAUGGGCCGGCAGGUCUGUGUGAGGCUGGUGGGUACUGCCUGGUCAUUUGGGCUGAUCAAUGGCAUCUUUCUUGAGUAUAUGUCAUUCCGAAAUCCUUUCUGCAGGGACAACCAUAUAGAAAACUUCUUCUGCGAGGCUCCCAUAGUGAUUGCUCUCUCCUGUGGGGACCCCCAAUUCAGCAUGAAGGUUAUCUUUGUUGAUGCCAUUGUGGUGUUGCUCAGCCCCAUGGUGCUCAUUGUCAUCUCCUAUGCCCGCAUCCUGGCCUCCAUCCUUAGCAGAGCCUCCUCCUCGGGUCGGGGAAAGACCUUCUCCACUUGUGCCUCCCACCUGACUGUGGUCAUCUUCUUCUAUACCUCUGCCAUGUUCUCUUACAUGAACCCCCGCAGCACACAUGGGCCUGACAAGCCUUUCUCCCUCCUCUACACCAUCAUCACUCCCAUGUGCAACCCCAUCAUCUAUAGUUUCCGCAACAAGGAAAUGAAGGGGGCCAUGGUGAGAGCCCUGGGGAGGACCAGCCUGGCACAGGCAGAGUCUGUGUAAUGGGAAGGGUCCUGGGGGAAGUCCUUCCCUAAGGUGUGACCAGCCCUGGCAGGUGGGUCACUCUCCAGUGCUGAAAGGCUUCAGGCAAGAGCAU